AUGGUAGCUAAAACAAGAUCUACAAGUACCAAGAAGACUAUUACUUCAACUUCACUUGAAGUUGAUGAUAAGAAGGUAGUUAAGAAGGUUACUAAGGUAACCAAAAAGAAAACUUCCACCAAGUCUUCUGCUCCUGAAAGUCCUUCUAAGAAGAAGAAAGAGAAGGUAAUCAUAGAAGAUUAUCUUGCAACUAAAAUCCCUAUUCCAAUUGAUUUGAAAUUACCAGAAAAGUUUGUUGAGUAUCAUACUCCAGAAUUUGUCACUGGAGUUAAUUACAUUAUCAAACAAGAUAAUGCUCUUUAUCCCGUUAUUGUUCAUUCUAAUUUUCCAAGAUUUGCUAAAGAUAAUAUUAUUCACCUGGGUGAACCACAUGGUUAUUGGUAUGCUUUAAUCGCUAGCGUCAUCAGUCAACAAAUCAGUGGUAGUGCUGCCAAAUCAAUUGAAAAUAAAUUUAAGAAUUUAUUUGAAGAACUAGGUGAAGAUUUGAUCCCUGUUAAUGUGUUAACUAAAUCCGAUGAACAAUUACGUAAAGUUGGGUUUUCAUUCCAAAAGAUCAAAUAUGUGAGACAUAUUAGUGAAACUUUCAACAAUCCCGAUGAAAACUUAUGUAACGCUAAGUUCUACAAGGAACAACCUUUAGAUGUAGUUAUUGAAGAAUUAGUUAAAUUAAAAGGGAUCGGUUUUUGGUCAGCUAAAAUGUUUGCUAUUUUUACGUUAGGUGAGAUGGAUAUUUUUGCUCAUGAUGAUUUAGGUGUAGCAAGAGGGAUGUCAAAAUAUCUUGCUCGUCGUCCAGAUUUAUAUCUGAGUAUUAAAAAGGAAGUCGAUGCUGAUGAAGAUUUAAAAGAUUUAUUAAAAAAGAAAUCCCUCUUUGCUAACAAAAAGACGGAUUCAAAGAGAGAUUGGAAUCCUUAUCAUGAUGUCUAUGUCAAACAUGCUGCUGAAAGAUUUAGUCCUUAUAGAUCAGUUUUAAUGUUGGUGAUGUGGAGAUUAAGUGCUACAAAUGUUGAAGUUUUAGAAUGGAAUUUAUAA